AUGAGACUGGUUCUCCUGACGGGUGCGUUUUGCCUUGCGCGCACGCGCGCGCUGAACUGGCCAAAUGCCGUGAGCGACGCAUCGCGCGUUACCGCAUCGCAGCUGAUCGCCGCAUCGACGUUGAAGUCCGCGGAAAUCACCGGCCUGACCUGCACGGCGAUUAGCGAGUAUGCUCCCGACACUGGCGCUCCCUUGGUUUGCAGCAAUGUCUUCGUGGACAGCAACGACAUUGCAGCACCUGGCGAUGACUCAUACGUUUGGGCAGCGGACAAUGAGGGGGCAUCGGACAAGCUGGGUGGCUGCGUAGGGAUAUGGAUCGAAGUGACUUUGCCGGACGAAUAUACCGUGGACAUUGUCACUAUUCGCCAACGGUAUGCGGCCCUCGAUCAGGGCGACGAGAUGGACGUGGCGCUGAAGUCUACCAGCGGCGCAGUACUGUCGACGCAGCAUAUUACUUUCACAGACGUCGGCACGAGCAACCCGCUUGAGGAGGCCUUCUCGCUAACGCCCACUGCUGGUGUAAAGUCGAUCCGUUUUACUUUCACCAAGGCGGACGGAGCUAGCUGUGGUAGUAAUGGUGGUUACUUGGGAGCGAAGCGCAUCAAAGUCUACGGGACGGUACUCAGCAACGACGAGGUGGUCUUGCCCAAUCCUUGGGAUGUCGUCGUCAACACGCCAUCCGACAGGGACGUGGGCACCGUCACUGAGCACGCUUUCGCACCAGCUUACGAGCUCGAGGUCGUUCCCGACUCUCUCGAGACCGCAGCUGAGCAGAGCGGAGGUGCACCCACGAUCGCUAUCCGCAGGAUCUUGGUCGCGGAGACCAGGAACUCCACCCAACCGCCUCCGAGCUACCGUAUGGGAGGCGUCGGGGGCCAGACCGUGAGGCACCUCAACGGCAUGGAGAACCCGGCGGGUGCAACGACAGUGUGGGGUUGGCAAAGGAACAGGUAUUUUGCCCUGCAAGCCUGGAUGGCCACGAAGGGCGAUUCAGAUCUGAUGGCCGUCCAUGCCAGUGGGGAAGUCUUGUUUGCUGGCUGCGACGAAAGCACCAUCCUGUCGAAGUACAACCAGAUAAUCGCGGCUAACGGUGGCACCCAAACGAUUGUCAUAGCUGCCGAGGUGAGUCCUUUCCAUGCGGACCUUGGGUAUUAUUACGAUAUCUCGACCGCUGGUUUGGAUUCAACCAGGACUGGAGCCCUCUCGUAUCUGAGUGCUGCUGCCGACUGGGCCACAACUUACGCCGCUUGCACAUCUGGGGUUUGCAACAGCCCGCCCAAGUACCAGUUUGCCAACCCGGGUUUCAUCAUGGGCCCUGUCGCGGAUAUCGCAGAGAUGUUUGCCGAUAUGCCAAAAUGGGCGGACACAGAGAAUCGUUUGAUCAACCAGUAUUACCUUAGCAACACCGACAAAGUGGCUCUCGAUUUCGCCGGCACAUUGGUGAUGUCCCUGCAUAAUAUGAAGCUUGACGCGAAUAUCCCCGUCGAGGUGGAACUUGUUGCGGGCAUCAAGAGGAUCAAAAACAAGGUCACCCAGGAGUUGGUGACCCCGCUCCUCAGCUCGCUGUCCGCGGACAGGCAAGACUGCCGCUUCCUGGACGACUACCCCCCCAUCAUCAUCGAGCUCAGGGGCCUCAACCUGACGCUGCACCCGCAGGACUACAUGCGGCAGAUGCCACUUCCCUCCGACAUCGAGAUCGGCUCCGGCUCUUCGGCGGCCUCGUCGGACGACGGCGACGCAGACGCGGAUGCCCGCAACGCGACGGCGCAGGACAAGAACCAGGCCGAGAGCUGGAGCUGCAAGUCGCGCGUCGUGGGAGUCACGAUGCCCCCGCAGAUCGGCGACGCGUUAUUCAUCCUGGGCCAGCCAGUGUUCCACCGGUACUACGUAGCCUUCGACUACGAGGGGCCACGGCUGGGGUUCGGGCUCGCGGCCGCGCGCUCGGUGGAGCCGAGCGACGAGGAGUGGAUGGCCGUGGAGGGGCGAAGCCCGUCGGGCUGAUCUGGGCACGUCGCAGGCGAAGCUUGUCCUGCUGAGUUGAGCACGAGGGCUUCCACUCCACAGGCGCACUUGAAGAUGCCGC